CGGGGAAGGGGCGCGGGGGCCGCCAUGUCGCGGUUGCACCAGAGCAGGAUCGCGGACUUCCAGGAGGUGCUCGGCGAACCCACGGUGGCUCUGGCCAAGCUCCGCGACCUCUGCUUCAGUGGAAUUCCCUUUGAUGGUGGGCUGCGCUGCCUGUGCUGGAAGAUACUCCUGAACUACCUCCCUUUAGAGAAAGCCUUAUGGAGCUCUUUGCUGAAGAAACAGAGGGAUCUGUAUUCCCAGUUCCUAAAGGAAAUGAUAAUCCAGCCUGGGAUCGCCAAAGCCAACCUGGGUGUUUCAAGGGAAGAUGUCACCUUAGAAGAUCAUCCCCUCAAUCCAAACCCAGACAGUCGAUGGAAUACUUACUUCAAGGAUAAUGAAGUGCUUCUCCAGAUAGACAAAGAUGUCAGGAGGCUGUACCCUGACAUGGCGUUCUUCCAGCGCCCAACAGACUACCCCUGCCUUUUAAUCCUGGACCCCCAAAAUGAGUUUGAGACGCUGCGCAAGCGGGUGGAGCAGACCACACUCAAGUCACAGACGGUGGCGCGAAACCGCAGUGGGGUUACAAAUGUGAGCUCCCCUCUUAAAACAACUCCUAAUUCUCUGAGCGAGUAUGAAGUUCUGCCCAACGGCUGUGAAGCUCACUGGGAAGUAGUGGAGCGAAUCCUGUUCAUCUACGCCAAGCUGAACCCCGGGAUAGCAUAUGUUCAGGGGAUGAAUGAAAUCGUGGGGCCUCUUUACUACACCUUUGCUACAGAUCCUAACAGUGAAUGGAAAGAACAUGCUGAAGCAGACACGUUUUUCUGCUUUACCAAUCUAAUGGCCGAAAUUCGGGACAACUUCAUUAAGAGCCUGGAUGAUUCUCAGUGUGGCAUUACCUACAAAAUGGAGAAGGUCUACUCCACCCUGAAGGAAAAAGAUGUGGAGCUGUAUUUGAAACUGCAAGAACAGAACAUCAAACCCCAGUUCUUUGCCUUCCGCUGGCUGACGCUGCUCUUGUCCCAAGAGUUCCUGCUGCCAGAUGUCAUCCGUAUCUGGGACUCCCUCUUUGCUGAUGAUAAGCGCUUUGAUUUUCUUCUGCUCGUCUGUUGUGCCAUGUUGACACUAAUCCGGGAUCAGUUGCUGGAAGGAGACUUCACUCUGAACAUGAGGCUGCUGCAGGAUUAUCCUAUCUCGGAUGUUCAUCUGAUUUUGAAGAAGGCAAAGGAACUUCAAGAUUCCAAAUAGUCCACGAGCCUAACAAAAGGUGUCAGAGAAACUGUAUGGUGGCGGAUCCUAGGAGAUGCCCCCAUGCGGUGUGGUGCGUUAAAGCUCCUAGUGGUCUCUGCAGGACUUCAGGUUUUGUGUUUGGGCUACUGGCCACCUUGAAGACUUCCUUCUACUCUAUUUAUUAGGUCAAGGACUGAUUACUUCCACAUCUUCUUGGGUCCUGCGCUCCAGAUUUUUUCAAAUCUCAAAUGCCUCUGUGCUGCCAAAAGCAGUUCUUUGUAUCUUUUUUAAAUGACACUAAGUUUGGGGAGAAAGAAACCAUCUGUCUGCGUAUCCCUGAAAGGAUGGACUCCUGUAUCAUGGAAGUAACACAUGGAGUAACUUCUGAUUGGGAAGGGACAGGCUGAGUCCAACGGAUUUUGGUGGGUGAGUAUAGAAGGAUCUUCCUCCUGUGAACAGAAUGUAUUCCAGUGAAGUCACGCAUCCUGCCAUUCAAGUAGCUUCUGGAUUCUUCUCCCUCGUGUCUGCACUUGGCCAUCCCUGGGGUGUGCAAAGAAGAUUGCAUCAGUUUCUGGUGAUUGUCAUCUGACAUCCGGCAGUUUGGACCCCUUUGCCUGGGAAAGAGACCUUGAAAAGCUGAGAUGGGAGGACACGAUUACAGCUGGUGGCUUUGUGCACUGAAACUGCCUGAAUCCAGAAUCGCCUUAUCAACAAGGUCUCCCUGAGAGCAAGACUGUGGUGGUUUUAAUCAAUGAGUAAAGUAUAGUUUGAAGUCAAGCCUUAUUACGCACAGCCUUAGAGCAGGAGCUUGUUGCUGCAGGGAGGCCUCACGCUGCUUUCCUGGCUCUCAACUGGAGCAUAUCCAGCUACAAUCAGGAUUCUGAAAUAGAAGAAAUGGGCAUCUAGUCACGUGCAAUGAAGACAGCUGUAUUUAGGGGCUUAUACAGGCAUGGCACUGGGGUUUUCUGCCUCGGUGGCUUGCAUAAUAUUACCCUGCGUAAGCUCUGGUCACAGUAACCUUGAUAUUGUCUCAUAGUACUUCUUGCCAGGAAGAGACAUGGUACAGGUCUGACCUACAAGUAAGAGUCCUUUUCUGGUGUAAUCCAGUGGGCACACAAGCAUUUGUCAUUAGCUGACUGCGGGGGCUGAUCCACUUUUCUGUGUACUGGUCCUGUUGGAGUCACAGACCUGAGUUGGACACUUGUCCCUCCUGAGAGGAAAACUGCUGCAUUUCAAAUAUGGUUGGAGCAGGCUCAGGUGAACAUCGACUAAGACAAACUACGGAGAGAACUGCUAACCUGCUGGCAGUGUCAAGCUGAUCAGAAACCGUAAUCCUCAGAGGGAGAAACUGCCAGCACCCAGGUGCUUGGGUGGUGCAGAAGCUCUUGAGUGAACACUAAUCCAGCGUGCUUUUCCCUUUCUUGCUGUGCUGUGCUGGCUCACCUCUGCAUAGCUGUUUGACACUGCAGUUUUUGGUAUUUAUGGGUAUUGAUUUGUUAAAGGUCAGUCGUCUUUGUAAGAUCUGCUUAAGCUGCUGAUGGCCUAGAAUCGCCCUAGCAGGAGGGAUGUUGUCAGCCUUCAGCUUUUUUACUAGUGUUAUUUCCUUCACUGAAGGCCAGUUCUUUACAGGCUACUGUAAUUCUCAAAGGUGGGUGGGGAGACCGGAGAACAGGUUGAUGCAUGUACCUAUGUUCUUAUUGGCAAUCCCAAGCAAUCUCUGCCUCUUCAGAAGGUGCUCGAGUACACUGGUGCAGCCAGGUGUUGCUGCUGUGGUGGAGCAAGAGCAACUGAAGACUUAAAACAAUGUGUAACUAAUACCUGUGGCUAACAGUAUCCCUCUUUGCUGCAAUUCUUUCUAGAGGGUAGAGUUUUCUUCCAAAAAAUAGGGAACCGAUAGACCAGGACAGCUGUGUGAUGAAGCAUCCUGUCUGCUCUAACCGCUGGAUGGGUGUUCUUCCUGCCUUGUAUCGCUGAGCUAUUGCAGGUGGUCUCAUGGUCUCAGCUCUUGGGUACCCUGCGCUAGGGAGGCCAGUAGUCAGACCUCGUAUGGCCAAAUGGCUAGCUGGUAGGCACAAAUGUAGAACCAGAGGGUCAAACUCUUGGGCAGAAUUGGACCUCCUCUGAACAUUUCUGCCUCAGAACUGCUCUAAAUACUGCUGUAGCUCUCUUACAUUCCAUGUACAAGCUCUGCUCUCACCUCCCCGAAUACCUGGGCUGUCCAUUUCGGGUCCCCCUGGCAAACGCAGGGUUCCCUUACACUGUAUUUUCUCACUCGUAACAGGAGCGUCCAUGAGGGUUCCUGCUCUGAACAGCUAGAAGUCUCCUUAAAAUAACAUGAGAAGGCAGCAGGCAAAUCGGGAUUAAAGCAUUACUUGGAGAUGAACUUCUGCUUGUUUUCAGAGGAGCGUUUGGGCCCUGAGGUUGACCUCCUGCAGUGGCGUUGCGCAGCUCUGAGUCAGGUGUCGGUCUGUAGCAUUACAAACACUCAAGGAAGACACCGGGGAGGUGGCUGCUCAAGUAGCAGUGCAGGUCGCUGGUUGGGUAUGGGUGUCAUGCUGUCUUCUCCCUUCCUAGGUGUUGAAAGACUUACAUUGUGCCAUCUUACUUCUCUUUAGGGGGUGAUGGUAAAUGCUUUUAAAAGGAGUCUGCAGUGGUUUAAUGGGAUGCGAUGAGAGCUUUGGCUGCUGGAAAGGUUCUCUGGGAUAAAUUCUCUAGCCUUAUCCAGACUAUAGCUGCUAAACUGAUUGAGUUCUUCUUUGAGGAGAACUUGUAACAACUUUGAUACACCUAGACAGGCUGGUUCCUACAUGAAAAGCUGUUUUAUAUUCCUCCUUAUCCCCUUCUGUGUGGUAGGACUUCUGUCCUGCUGUUGAAAAGGGCUGUUGAAAGGAGUUGUACUUUUCAAUGACUUGGGACAUCCAUUUCUUUAUUCCAAGACUUUCUCCUUUAAGAGCAAAACCAGAUUUUCUGAGGAGAGAAAAGAAAGUCUUGCUACCAGCUUUUGAAUCUUCUCAUGAGUUUCCUUGGCUUCAUUCCUCAAAGGCUUUUGGUGAUUUUUUUGUUGUUGUUGAGGUCAGAUGGUAUUUAACUAGUGGUUCCUUGGUUGUGUGGCCAAGUAACAACUGCUCCACCCUUGAGAUGUUUCCACUUCUGAUUUCUUUCAAUCCUAAUCUGCUGCAGGAGCAGCACGGUUGGCUGAAACAGCAGUUCUUUGGGUUGAGAGGUGUUAGUCUGGGGUGCCUUGGGGACCCCUGGUUUCAUAGGGGCUUAAACAGAGGAUGUUUUAAGUAGCUCUUACAACACAUUCCUCACAGGCAGGACUACUGCCAGGCGGGGGAAGAAGGACCCAUCUUCAGCUGGGAGGAAAAACCAGGACACUAUGCUGGAUGCGGGGAGAGAUGAGCCUUCCCUGAGAGGAAGAGGUCUGCUCUACCUGCACCUUGCUGUAAUUCAGGCUUUGGGAAGCUUUGUGGCUUUGCCAAUGAAGUAGAAGCAACAGGAUAGUAGAGAUCAAGUCGUUGAUGGUGGUCACUCAGAACACUGAUUUUGAGUUUGAGUUUUGUGACCUAACCUAGAAUUAUUCACGCUUUGGCAGUGAGUGGAAUGAAGGCCAGAAGUUGCUUUGGGGGAGUCUGGGGUGUUUGGGAAAGCAGAGGCUGUUUUCCCUUAAUGAGUGUCAGUGACUUUGUUUUAGCCAUUUGGAACGCUCGUCUAAAAUGCCCUUUCCCCAAAAGAGAGGAACAAAUAACACUUUUUUUUUUUUUUUUUAACCUUGUCUGGAAAGAAUUGCCAGAACAGGGUACAGAGAACACUUCAUCACUCUAAAACUCCUUCUUUUAUGCUUCUUUUUAAACACUAUUUUUAUAAUGCUUCCUUUAACUAAACAGGUGGCUUUGUGCAAACGUGUCCUGUUGGUGACGUGACUCUCACCGUGUUGAGCUUGGAGUUAAUGCUGCUACAGGUGAUGACUACAGUAUUUCUAAAUGCCCUCUGUGAUAGCGGCUGGGGGGAACCAAGCGACCUGGCAGUAGCAGUAAGCCGUGGCAAGCAGAGCCCUGGAGCGUGCUGUGGGUUUGUGUGUCUAAGCUAGGCUGUCUCCAUCGCCGUCUCCUUGGCAAGAUGGUUUUGCUUUGCCUUCACCGGCCCCGCCGCUCCGCCGUGCCGGCUGGAGCGGGGGCCAGCCGGGGGAGCGGUGGCUUUUCUCGAGGAAAACACUGUAGAGGUAACGGCUGCAACUGUGGAUGCUCUCCGGGUGGGAGAGGGGCACCCGCGGGUGGGCUGGCGGGGCUGGGGCCGGGCAGAGGCCAGGGCAGGCCGUGCCGGCAGGUCGCCGUCGUGUCCCCCCCCUUGCCCGCGCCGCCUCGCUGAGCGCUCCGCUCUUUAUUUUUGUACUUUCUCUUUCGAGCCCCUCUCGUGGCCUCUGGGACUCUCGUUUAAUGCUGUUCUCUCAUUUGUCCUAAUAAAAUGGUUUCUUUGCA